AUGGCUGACUUGGGUUAUCAAUCAAAUCUUGGCCUCUUGCGGCGGUUCUUCGACGAGUUCCGGGGAGUAAGCCGCCAGGAGACUCCUGGCCUCAUCCCACGCCUCGCACUCAACUACGUUCGCGCCGCCCUGAGUUUGCUGUGCUCGUAUCCCAACAAGAAGCUGGCCAGCUUGCCUCUUUACCGGUGGAUCAACCUGUUCAUUCUGUGCAACAUAAUGAACAUAUUGUGGACCAUGAUUUUUGCCCUGCCGGAAACCAAGAAUGCGAUCGAUAUGGGCGACGACCUGGUGUGGAUUUCGGGGAUGGCUCUUGUUUUCACCAAGAUAUUCUACGUGCAUUUGCGCUGCGACAAGAUCGAUGAACUUAUUUACGAUUUUGACUACUACAAUCGCGAACUGAGGCCCCAUAAUAACGAUGAGGAGGUUUUGGGCUGGCAGAGGCUGAGUUACUUGGUAGAAUCGGGGCUAUAUAUGAAUUGUUUCUGCUUGGUCAACUUCUUUAGUGCGGCCAUCUUUCUGCAACCUUUGAUUAGCGAGGGCAAGCUGCCCUUCCACUCCGUUUGGCCCUUUCAAUGGCACCGAAUGGACCUGCAUCCCAAUAAGUUCUGGGCCCUCUACAUCUGGAUGAGUGUUACCUCGCAGCACAACCUUAUGAGCAUCCUCAUGAUCGACAUGGUGGGUAUUUCCACUUUUCUGCAGACUGCCCUCAAUCUCAAGCUGCUGUGCAUCGAGAUGCGGAAACUGGGUGAAAUGAGGGUCAGUGAUGCCCGGUUCCACGAGGAAUUCUGCAAGGUGGUUCGUUACCAUCAGCACAUCAUCAAACUGCUCGAGAAAGCCAAUAAUGCUUAUAAUGGCGCCUUCAAUGCCCAAAUGAUAUCCAGCUUCUCACUGAUUUCUAUAUCCGCUUUUGAGACAAUGGCUACGGCGGCUGUGGAUCCCAAAAUGGCAGCUAAAUUUGUGCUUCUUAUGGUGGUGGCGUUCACCCAAUUGUCGCUUUGGUGCAUCUCAGGCACUUUGGUUUAUACACAGUCUUUGGAAGUUGCUCAGGCUGCUUUUGAUAUAAAUGACUGGCACACGAAGGCUCCAGAAAUCCAAAGGGACAUAUCAUUUGUGAUCAUGCGAGCCCAGAAACCGUUGAUGUAUGUGGCCGAACCCUUUUUGCCCUUCACCCUGGGAACCUACAUGCUAGUUCUAAAGAACUGCUAUCGCUUGCUGGCCCUGAUGCAGGAAUCAAUGUAG